GACUAAUCAUUCUAAUCAAAUGUCAAUUGUCAAUCGGAAAAAUAACCUCUCUUAUUAUGAUGCAAUUCAGAUUAUUUACUGUUAAAACGAUGUUUACUGAGUGACUUGUGCUAAUUUAAUUGAUUAAAACUGUGCUAUUGCCACCUGAGAUGGGUGCCAUAGUGAGCAAAGCUUUGAGACCGAUCAAAUCCUUCAACAUUGAAAAUCGCGCUCAUCGCGUGAUUUCCAAAGAGAAGCCGACUCCUGCUCCGACUUAUGCUCAUAAUAUCGAAGAUUUAAAGCGCACUCUGCAGGCAGAUCCUGAUAUAGAUGAAAAACUUAAUCGAAAAGAUGAGGGGCUCGAUAAAAGAUUAAAAGAUGUUUAUGUAACCUCAAUGGGAAGGCCCGAAGAUGAUAUCACAAGGGAGAAGCAGUCAGAGAGUAAGAGCAAGCGUCCUCUGCCGCAAGACCGCAAGAUGCCGGAACAAUACGAUUUCGGCUUUAAAGAGCCGGAGAGAGUGCCUUACGGACGUACAACUCUUCGCGAUGCCAUAAACUUUAUUUCUUCACAUCAAGCUAAUCCUGAAGAAGCGACGGCUGAAAAGAUAGCUUUAGAGUACAAGCUUAAGGAGGAAGAUGUAGCUAGUAUACUGAAAUAUUUCAAGACUUAUGAAGUUUACAUACCAGAGACUAAGAAAACACCAGCAGUGUUUGCGGGACCGGCUCAAAUGAGAAAACAACUGUACAAACUAGACGCAAAACUAAUUAGCGACAGGAAAGAGAAGGAAGAAAGUACCACAUCUAAGACAGACGUUAAAGUCAAGGACACUGCUUAGUAAUAAUUAUUUUAGUUAAAUAGAUACUGUUACCUCAAUGUAUCUUGUUUUAUUAAUGAAAAUGGAUUAGUUUCAAGAAUAGAAUAUAUUUAAUGAAUUGUUUUUAUUUUAAUAAGGACAAAUUGAAUAUAAAAUGUUGCUGUUAUAUAUCAGGGAAUUACUUGUGAAAUAAUUCUGAGAAUAUUCUUUUUCUUGAUAUAUCAAAGGUUGCUAUUUCAAUAAAAUUUUGAUCUCCACAAUAUUUAUACCACAAAAACAUCAUGAAAUUGAGGAAAAACGUCUUCAGUUCAAGAGAUACAAAUUAGUUAAUAACAUUUUAUUUUUCUCAUUAAUUUAUUUAUUUCAGAAACAAAACUUUACUCAGUAUGUAAUGUUAGAAUAUUUUCGAUAUUGUUAACAAUAUCUAGCUAAUGUGAUGUAGUAGUUAGAAGGGAUAAUAAAAUUGUUUUGUUUUUAA